UCCGUGUUACUGAGGCGGAUUAAGACCCCGCUUCUAUGCUGAGAAUUAUUUGACCUACACUGAACCUUUGAUGCUUUUGUCUCAUUGUUUUAAAAAAUAUCUCUGCUAUUUGAAAGACACUGUCAUUGCAACCGAAUCGAGAUUCUUUGCUAGAUGAAAUGGCAAAGCAACGCGUCAAACACAUUCACAAUUCCAUAACUGCAGAGAGCUCUACUCCUAUAUUUUCUAAGAUGCCGCUGCAACGAAAACAAGGUAAACGGCAACAAGAAUCAACAGAUGCCUCCACUGUCAUCGAUCAGUUACCUAGCACCAAAACUACUCGCAAAAGAUCACUACAACAACCGUCGACGAAGAACACGAGGAUUUCACAGGAACAGAAACAAUGGUCCCUUAGUGACUUUGAGAUAGGGCGACCUCUGGGUAAAGGCAACUUUGGGCAAGUGUAUCUGGCGCGUGAGAAGGAAAGCGGCUUCGUGGUAGCACUCAAAGUGUUAUACAAGAAAGAGCUCGCAAAAUGUGGAGUAGAACGGCAAUUGCGCAGAGAAGUAGAAAUUCAAGGCAAUUUAAGACAUCCAAAUAUUCUUCGGCUUUAUGGCUACUUUCACGACGAGUCACGCGUAUUCCUGAUACUUGAAUUGGCAGCGAAGGGCGAACUAUACAAAGAAUUACAAGAACAAGGAAAAUUUCCAGAAGAUGUGGCUGCACGGUAUAUUGCACAAAUGGCCAAUGCAUUGCUCUAUCUACAUGGUAAACGGGUGAUCCAUCGUGAUAUUAAACCGGAAAAUCUGCUCCUUGGAUUAAAAGGAGAGCUCAAGAUCGGUGACUUUGGCUGGUCGGUGAAGACAGGUAUCACAGAAAGCCGACGAAGUACAUUAUGCGGAACUCUAGAUUAUCUACCACCAGAAAUUGUUCAAGGUCGAAGCCACAAUGAAAAGGUGGACUUGUGGUCGUUAGGCAUUUUAUUGUACGAAAUGGUUGUCGGGAAGCCUCCGUUCGAGGAAGAAGACAGUUACGAGACGACGUACCGCCGGAUAGUAAAUGUCGAUUUACGGAUCCCUAGUCAUGUCAGUAGAGAAGCAGCCGAUCUCAUAAAGAAUCUGCUUGUGUACAAGUCGAUUGAUAGACUCCCGUUAAGAAAGGUCGUUUUACAUCCCUUUAUCACUAAACAUAUUCAACAAGGGAAGCGCGGAUCUCGAUAAAUCGUUUUAAAAUACACUUUCUACUCGUUUUCUUUCCUUUCCUUCCCUUUCUGCGCACACGAUCUGAUACUCCAAUUUCCAUACUUUUGCCAGCAUAAUAUGAAACCCCUGCAAGCAAAGCGUUGUUGUGAGCAACUCUCACCCGAUAAGUGUAUAUAGCU